AGAGUAAGAAGUAAGCUACCUUUAAUUAGUCCAAAAGCGAAUCCACAAUCCAAAAGCUGAAAGAAUCUCUCUAGCAGCUUAUAAAAAAAGCCAUUCUCCACAAACUCUUCGCAAACCCUAGUUAUCCAUGUCUUGCUUGAGAUUGAGGCUUCCACCAGCCAGAAGGGCCUGGAAGAGCUUCACCUCCAAACUACAGAGGAAACUCCACAAGCCUAAAGGCAUCGCAAAACCCCGAAAAAACUGUGUGAAAGCCAUUACUGCUGCUUCUUCAUCUUCUGCUUCUCCUGCUUUUUUUGUUUCUUCUGUUGGACUGAAACCCUACAAGUUUCUCCAGCUGCGUUUUAAACGCAAAGGGCGUCUCGCCCUACGUUUUCGAUACAACCGGCGUCAGCUUCCUCAGAACCGUGGUAGCGCUGCGCAUGUCUACGUUGACAAGCUUUUUAAAGAGCCUGCUGUGACUGAGUUGGUGGGGAGUUCUGAGCCUCCGGUAGCGAAGUGCAAGCAAGCUACCGCUGCUGCUGCCGGUGCUGAAAGUGGGGCUGAGAGAGGAUCUCCUGCGACGGCGGAUGAUAUGUGGGAGUCAUUGGGAUUUGCUUCCCCAAUGAUGCACGGGAUUGACGAAAGAGCUGAGGAGUUCAUAGCCAAAUUUAGAAAGGAAAUGGAGGUUCAGGAGAAGUUGGCACGUGAUCAUUUGUAGCAUAAGUCUUGCUUCUUUAAUUAGAUUAAGAAAUCUGUACAUGAUGUAAAUUAAGUGUGAUUAUUCUGAAAAAUAAUUUGUUUCGCAUGAA